AAUAGCUUUGUUUAAUGUAAAAACGUUGCUGAAUAAAUGUAACACAAUGUUUACAUGGCUGCUGGCAAAAUCAUAUGAACCAACCGUUGUUAUUCAUGAACGGUCGAGAUCAAAUUAGUCCAUGUGACAUUUCGAAUGCAAUUUUCAUUUGACAAAGUAGGAAGAGUAGAAAAAACAAAAAAGCUACUUUUCUUCAGAGUACACAACAGUGAUUUUGAUAGCCGUACAAAGAAGAAAGUCUAGGCGAAGCAGUUAAAUUAAUUGGUUUUGUUUGGUGGCGCACUGUGGCGUAUUGCGUUUGCAGUUAUCACUCGUGAUACGUUGGCCGCGUACCUCUGUUCGUUUCGUGUUUCGGGAAAGCAAGGCAUAUUUGGAUGGCUAUCAACCAAAACACAACUGAGUCGUCGUUCCGUAGCUCCGGGAAUGGAGGCAGUGAUUCAGCGUCCACCUUGCGUAUGCUGCUCGAGCAGUUGCUGCUACAAAGUGUCAACAAUGGCGAUGCAAACUGUUUCACCGAGGCGGACUAUCAGAAAAUAUGUGAAUGCAUCGUCGUACUGCUGGUUUCCGACCAAAUUGAUGCGACUACCAAACACGAAAUACGGAGCCUUCGAUCGCUGGCGGACAUCAUUACGAAGCAAUUGCAACAGCUGGUCGAACGGAAAGCCUUCCGCGAGCUGGUGAAAGAUUGUCUCGAAAAGAUGUACACUGCCGAUGCGCUGUCGGUCAAUAAGCUUCCGUCGCCAUUCGCUACAAUCAUGCUGGCACUGAUGGAUCCCAAACAAGGCGUUGCGUGGAUUCUGUCGAAAAACAUGAUCGACGAGCAUAUCAGAAAAAUUCUCAACGUUUUCAUCGACUGGCUGUGCAAGAUCAAUUUUGCGCCAAAUUUAAACGUUUGGAUCAUACAAAUGGUCGAAGGUUUAUUGGCAAAGGGUAGAACAAAUUGCAUUUUAAACGUGCGGAAGGAUAAACUGAAACAAUGCAAGGAAGUGAUGCUGCUUCCGCAUUACCAGCAGCAGGUUGGUCCAGUGAUCAGUUGCUUGGAAUCGUGUGGAGAUUUGCAAUCGGAUAACGUUCGUUUAAAUUACGCUUGUACUGAACGGUACGAGAAUAAUUCGGACGUUGAUAAUAGUUUGAUUCGUUCGAAUGCCCGCGUAGGUUUGGUCAAUUUGGGAAAUACAUGCUACAUGAACAGCGUGGUACAAGCGUUGGCCAUGACAAAACAAUUUUGCACGGAAGUUUUAUUGAAACAGAUAGAUGCACCACCGUUCUCGGAAGUUCAACAGCUACUUGCUCUGCUGAUCCAUUCACGACGACCCGAACUAACCCCACGUGCAGUACUUGCAUCCACGAGGCCACCUGGUUUCGCACCCGGUUACCAGCAGGAUUCUUCGGAAUUUCUAAGCUAUCUGCUGGAUCGCUUGCACGAGCAAGAGAAAAAGUUGCUGCAUGGUAAUCAACCACAUAACGUCCCAUCAUUACCAUCUACUCCAAAUAAUGGCAGUGGCAGUAGUGGCAGCAGUAAUGGCAAAACACUAGUACAGAAAACAUUUGAGGGUCAGCUUUCGGUUGGAUGUUUGUGUGCAGUUUGCAACAGUUCGAACCACACGACCGAAACAUUCCGCUCGCUAGAUCUUUCCUUCCCGGAUGAUAGUGAUCUUUCUGCUGCAGGCGAUGGUACCCAUUCGGUCCAGAAGCUACUCGAUUAUUUUUGCUCUUCAGAGAAAUUAGUCGGUGAGAAUCAAUACUUCUGUGAUCGCUGUCAGCAACUGCGCGAUUGUGAGCGUUCCGUGACGGUUACGGUACCCCCCCAGAACCUCAUUCUGACCAUCAAACACUUCCGGUAUGACCAGAUCCGAAACUUGCGCGCGAAGCUGAUGAACAAGAUAUUACACAACGAGGACAUCUCCCUGACAGUGACGGACGCGGCGGGCCAUUGCCGUCAGCUGCACUAUCGCAACUAUGCGGUGGUAGUGCAUUAUGGUACAAGCAUGGACUCGGGGCACUACUACACCUACGCACAAGAUGGUACGGGAUCGUGGUUCAAAUUUAACGACAACUAUGUAACGGAAUGCACAACCAGUGAACUGCAGAAUAUACCAAGCCCGAAUACACCGUACAUUCUGUUCUAUCAGUUGGUCACGAACAACGGUACGGAAACAACGGAAGCGACCGCAAGCAAGGCGGGCCAAACGAUUGGUUCAUCGUUCGGAGACAUCGGUGGCGGCAUGCACGAAAAUUUCCCUGCACUAAAUGAACUGCCCACUCGGCUACAGGAGUUUGUGCGAGACGACAAUCUUCUGUAUCACCGGGAAGUGCAGGAACAGCGGGACAAGAAAGCCUCCAAAAUGCCGCUGUUGUCUUUUGGUGGAAGCGGAGGAAAUCGACGCCAGUCGGACGAUUACGACGAUCCACCUCCAAGCUCUUGUGGAAGCAAAUGGUUGCAGUCGUCGAAUAAUUUCAUCUUUUAAAUGUUCCCGUUGUUGCGUUUUGGGCAUAGGGGAUUGUACUAUGCUCCGUUCUCUUAAACCUUCCAUUAUUUCCUAUAUUUUGACACGAUCAUGGCUGGCAUGAGACAUGGGAUGGCUCACGCAUCAGUUUGUUAGUACUAUAAAGGAACUACAAAAGGUUUGAA